UUUUCAACAUUAGUGGUAUCAAUGGUGGACGAUUAAGUCUGUCCAGGUGUUGUGGUUUACGAAAAGUCGAUUUUUUCCACCAAAGCCGGCGAGAUACACCUUCAAGUGCCCCCAAGAUGUACCGCCUAGCCCUCCGGAGAUCUUCCUUACUCACCAAGACCCAAUACGGCAACUCGAGACUCCUUCCGACCAAGAGAUUGUACAGUAGCAAUGCGAGAGCCCCACAAGAAGCCGGCUUCGGCAAAUUCAUCGUUAUCCUUUCCCCAUUUGCUGUCACCGGCGGAGUACUCGCCUAUGCCAAGUACGAUGAGAGUUUCCGGAAGACCCUUGUAAGCACCUUUCCUGCACUUGAGUCAACGCUGAAUGCCCUGCUGGACGACAAGGGGAUCACGAAGACACUUGAGGACACAAAGUCCACGGUGUUUGGUCUCUUUGGUGGAAAGGAGGAGGAAAUGAAGAAGGAAAACAUCGUUCCACCUCCAUUGAUAAGAAAAACACCCAGGAGUGAUUCAACGGCACCCACAAGCACUGCAAUUCCCGUACCUGAACCCACUCCACCACCAAAAUCCGCAUCUUCACCGAAAUCCACUGCCGCUCCUCCGGCGCCGGCUAAGAAAGCUGACGUACCAUUUGAAGUUCCGAAGACAAUCACGGAACUCGAAAAAGCCGUGGAGACAGUUGCAGAUGCGGCUGUAAUUGAGUACCACAAGGCGGCAGAUGCCUUCCGGAAGUACAAUGACGAAGUACGGAAGGUUGUUGACAGUAUUGUUGAUCACACAGAUACAACGUCGUGGUCCUCUCUGAAGAAUAAAACAAGUGUACGGAACUCUGCAGUGCGUCAUGCAGAAGAAGCUGCCCAGGAAGCAGUAGCAAAGUUGGAUAAGCUGGAAAAAGCAUUGAAGGAUAAUGCCUCCAAAUCGUCUGGAGAGGUUUAUGCUAAAGUACGAGAGACCCAAGAACGCGUAAAGAAUAAGUUGAAUGCUGCGAAAACGGAACUCUUCAAGGCCAGAGAGUUGUCCAACAUGAAUGAAAAGUACUGGAAGAAGAUAGAGGAUGCACGAAAUCACUUUGUCAGUGAGAUGGAAAGCCUCUUCCCGGGCAUUAAUAUCACCGAGAAACAAUUGGACCUUCCAAAGGAUCAGCUGGAUUUAUUUAUUCUGUACGCAUAUUCGCAUGUUUUGGCGUACCAGAAGGAACUCCAGAAACUUCAUGUUGAGGGUGAAGAGCGUCUAAAGAGAGUUCUCAACAGCUUGCAAUCGCACGAUAGGGAGGAAAUUCUAGAAGCUGAACUCAACUAUCGUCUUGAGAAGGAACGCCGGGAAAUGGCGUUGGCAAAGCAGAAGGAACUCUUUGAGAUUCGUGCUGCUGGCGAAAGGCAAAUCCGUGAAGCUCUGAAACUGCAGGCACAAGCUAAUGUGGAUAGUUUGAAUGAAACACUGAAGCUGAAAGAGCAGGAGAUUCGUCGUGUUCUCUCACGCGAAAGUGAUGAGAAGCUCCUCAAAGAAAAAACAUCCUACGCAACUCAAUUGGCUGAGAUGGUUGGAAAAGUGAAGGGAAUGGACGCCACACUCAAAGCUCGAGCGGAAGCUGAAGAAAAAUCACAGAAAGCACGGGGACUGUGGGGUGCCUGUCAGGCUCUAUGGUUGUGUGUACGACAAGGCGAAAAUAAUUCAUCGUGGCGCGAAGGGCUGGUCCCGCUGGAGAAUGCUGUAAAGGCGGUGGACAAGGCGGCGGCUGAAAAUGACAAAGUAGUCAAGACAAUUUUGGGUUCAUUGUCGAGUGAAGCCCUAACACGGGGUGUGUAUCCCGAAGAGGCUCUCCGGGAGCGUUUCCUCAAAGUCGACCGCUUGGCGCGACGCCUUGCCCUUGUUCCAGACACCGGUGCGCGCUUACCAAUGUACAUCUUGUCGUAUUUGCAAUCAAUCUUCAUUUUAACUCCCGACAAUCCCAUCUCGAAGGAGGAGCUGAAAGAUGAGAUUGUUGAUUUUAGCAAAUUGGAUACUUACGACAUACUCAACAGAGCUCGCUACUGGAUGGAUCGUGGAAACUUAACGCAAACCCUGAGGUACAUGAACCUCCUCCAAGGAGCACCACGAAAAGUAGCCAGUGAUUGGUUAAAGGAAUGCCGCCUGUAUCUAGAGACGCAGCAAGCAAUUAAUACAUUGAUGUCCCAUGCCGCCACGACUGGUCUCAUGUACUUGUAGAGAAAUUACAAUAAUCAGCUUCUUAAACUCCAUAAAAUGAUUUAAUUUCUUCGUCAUCCGUCACAGUUAAUUUAUUUGUUAAUUUAAAGUGAAUUUAAAAUUAAAUUGGAUGUCAAACAGCGUGAUGCAGUGCAAAAGAGCUACUCUUCAACAAGCUCCUCAUCGUUGGGAUCGUGCUGUUGUGAGAGUAAAGAGGCAUUAGAAAUACACAUGAAAUUUAAUUCCAAA